AUGAGGAAAGAGAUCGCGGCGACGAUGGGGAGGGGGAGCGGAGGCGGCGCGGAGGCGUUCAGGGAGGCGGAGAGGAGUUCGCGCGGGGAGAGGGGGCGGCGCUGCGGGCGGUGGAGCGGGGGUGGGGAGGGAGCCGCGGCGGCGCCGGCGUGCCCGAGGGGUGUGGAGGGGUGGUGGGGGCGCUGCUGGAGGCGGGGACGGCGCGGGCGGCGGCGAAGGCGCUGCUGGCGCUGCUGCUGCGGAGGGGAACCGGCGGGCGGCGCGUGGAGGCGGGGCGGCGGCGGCGGCGGUGGAGGCGGUGGCGCCGGCGGGGCGGCGGGGCGGACGGCGGAGCGGGCGCUGGCGGCGCUGGAGCUGCUGUGCACGGUGGGGGAGGGGGCGGCGGCCGUGCGGGCCCACCCGGCGGCGGCGGGGGCGCUGGCGCGGGCGGCGGAGGGGAUGGCCGGCCGGGGCAGGGAGUGCGCCAUCGCGGUGCUGGCGGCGAUCUACGCAGGCGGCGGGGGCGGAGAAAAGGAGGGGCCGCCGGGGGAGGUGGCGCGGGCGGUGGUGGCGGCGAUGCAGGGCGAGUGCAGCGCCCGGGGCCGGCGCAAGGGCGCGCAGCUGCUGCGCGCGCUGCAGGACAGCGGACGCCUCGACCUCGCCUGGGACGGCAUCGGCGGCGGCUGCUGAGUGCUGACCACACCCCCCCCUGCCCAUCCAUGGCCCCCACGGGUUUCGACUUGCCGAGAACGUCCCGUUCGUGCUACGAUUGCUGACGUGGCGGACAGAGGCCGGGAUCCUUAGGAUCGGGAUCGGACGGUGGAGAGAGGGAGUUGGUACAAUUGAGGGCUGUGUAUCUGCAGCUAAGGGGGCGUUUGGAUUGACGAAUUUGUAGAUUCAACGUAAGUCAAGUGUAGUGGUGUUUGAGUUUCCCCGAAGUGUGAUUAUUUUUCUGUUGUUUGUUUUGACGUAAC